AGAAGCGCCGCGCGCAGCAGCGCUGAGUGGCUGACUUUCCGCGCCACGCCGCGCCGCGCCGCGCCGCGCCACGCUGCUCGCGUUUGUCCGCUCCAGAGCUCCUCUGUCGGUCUUUGGCGGGACGUUUCCCCAAUAGUGGCGCUCCUCGGUCCUCAGUCGGAGGCAUGGAGCGGCGCUAGGGGACAGCAGAACAGGGCAGAGAGGCGAAGGAAGGAGCCCCCUUCAGACGGAGCCGGAACCUGCAGGUAAAGCCCCCCAAACCUAACUCAGGACGACUGGUUGAGGAUCCUCCCUCCUGAAGCUUUCCUCCUCUAGAUAUUAUGGCUGAAAGGCUGAAUCCACCCGGCCUGCUGACUAUGCCCCAGAGCCCCACCUCCAGCGAGGAUGAGAUGGCCGAGAGCCUUUCAGACUACUCCGACGACUGCGCCUCAGACAGUUCCCGCGAAGAAACCAUCUACGAGACCAUAAGGGCCACCGCUGAGCCGUCGCGGAACCACAUGGACGACAUUCACACCAACUCCCUGGUCAUCCGCAUCCUCAUCCCAGAUCUGCAGCAGACGAAGUGCAUGCGGUUCAAUCCCAAUGCCACCGUCUGGGUUGCCAAGCAGCGGAUCCUCUGCACACUUAACCAAACCCUGAAGGACGUGCUCAACUAUGGGCUUUUCCAGCCAGCCAGCAACGGGCAGGAUGGCAAGUUCCUCGAUGAAGAGCGCAUCCUUCGGGAGUAUCCACAGCCAAUCAGCAAGGGCGUCCCAUGUCUGGAGUUUCGUUACAAGAGCAGAGUUUACCGGCAGCCCAAUGUCGAUGAGAAGCAGAUCGCCAAACUUCACACAAAGGCCAAUUUGAGGAAGUUCAUGGACUUUAUUCAACAUGAUCAGGUGGAGAAAGUUGCCAAGAUGUUGGAGAGAGGCUUUGAUCCCAACUACCACGACAGCGACACAGGAGAGAGUCCGCUGACAUUCGCUGCUCAUCUGGACAACAUGGUGGAGAUGAUCAAGGUGCUGAAGACUGGAGGAGCUCAUCUGGACUUCAGAGCCAAAGAUGGCAUGACUGCCCUUCACAAAGCGUCAAGGUCCAAGAAUCACGUCACCCUGAUGACUCUGCUGGAGCUGGGAGCCUCUCCUGAUUACAAGGACAGCCGCGGCCUGACCCCCCUGUACCACAGCGUGCUGGUGGGGGGCGACCCGGGCUGCUGCGAGCUCUUACUCCAACAUCACGCCUUCGUGUGCUGCCAGGAUGAAAACGGCUGGCACGAGGUUCACCAGGCAUGCCGCCAUGGACACGUGCAGCACCUGGAACAUCUCCUGUUCUACGGAGCAGACAUGAGCGCCCAGAACGCCUCAGGAAACACUGCUCUGCACAUCUGUGCCCUCUACAACCAGGAUACCUGUGCCAGAGUGCUUCUCGCUCGGGGAGCUGACAAGGAGGUGAAGAACUACAACAGCCAGAGUCCUUUCCAGGUGGCCAUUAUUGCUGGGAACUUUGAGCUUGCUGAGCUCAUCAAGAACCACAAAGACUCCGACAUAGUGCCUUUCCGUGAGGCUCCAGCGUACUCAAAGCGCCGGCGGGGCCCGACCUCUGGCAGCGGAAACGGCCAGUCCUCAUCCUCGUUAUCGGCGCCGCGGGUCCUCCUGCGCUCCAACAGCGACAACAACUUAGCGGUCAGAGACUACCAGCAGCAGCCCGGGUCUCCUGGCAUCUGGGCCCCCCAGCUGCAGCAGCACCAACACGCCAAGCCAAACCUGCACAGGGGCCCCCAGCAGGGUCACCCGCAGCCUGGCUCCUCAGCAUUACACCGCAGCCUGUCACCCCAGCUGGUCCAGCAGAUGCCCAGCGGCAGCCCCAAUGGCACCGUGGUGGUCAGGACCAUGGGGAGGGGGGCAAGGAGCCGGUCGCCUUCUCUCAGUCGGCUGGGGGAGGAGGCCAGACGGGCCCAGCCUUCACACCGUCAGUCCAGUCCCAGCAGUCAUGGCGAGGCUCUCGGUACCAGAAGGAAGCUGUACAGCGCCGUUCCUGGGAGGCAUUUCGUGGUGGUUCGUCCUUACAGCGUCCAGGCUGAGGGGGAGAUUAACCUCUACAAGGGAGACAGGGUCAAAGUUCUGAGCAUCGGAGAGGGGGGCUUCUGGGAGGGCAGCGCCCGCGGCCAGGUUGGCUGGUUCCCAGCCGACUGUGUGGAGGAGAUCCAGGCCAAGGCCGCAGACGAGAGGAGCUAUUCUCGUGCGGAUCGCGCUGACAGACGGAAGCUUUUCAGACAUUACACUGUGGGCUCCUAUGACAGCUUUGAUGCCUCCAGUGACUGCGUGGUGGACGAGAAGACGGUGGUGCUCCAGAAGAAGGAGAACGAGGGCUUCGGCUUCGUCCUGCGGGGGGCCAAAGCGGACACGCCCAUCGAGGAGUUUACACCCACGUCGGCCUUCCCGGCGCUGCAGUACCUGGAGUCGGUUGAUGAGGGUGGAGUGGCAUGGCAGGCGGGGCUCCGGACGGGGGACUUCCUCAUCGAGGUAAACCAGGAGAAUGUGGUGAAGGUGGGCCACAGACAGGUGGUCAACAUGAUCCGGCAGGGGGGCAACCGGCUCCUGAUCAAGGUGGUGACGGUCAGCCGGAAUCUGGACCCGGAGGACACAGCACGCAAAAAAGCCCCUCCACCCCCCAAGAGAGCCCCCACCACAGCGCUGUCCAUGCGCUCCAAGUCCAUGACCUCAGAGCUGGAGGAACUGGUGGACAAAGCCACUCUAAGGAAGAAGAAAGGUGACAAAGUGGAGGAAAUGACGCACGCCCAGAAGGCCUCACCUGUGGACACAAAGAUCGCCACCAUCAAACCCCGCCCCUCCAGUCGCUGCUUGGUUACGCCCACUGACAUGAAUUCCCUGUACCAUGACCGCCAGGGAGUCCCCGUGGUGCCGCCCACAGUCCCAGGAGCCUUCCUGGGACUUCCUGAGAAGGGCACUAUAAAGAAGCAAAAGUCCAUAGGCACUUCGGAGGAUGAGAAACAGGGAUUCCUCACCCCUCCCCUGCUCAAAUUCUCCCGCAGCCUGUCAAUGCCAGACACAUCAGAGGACAUCCCUCCUCCACCAGCCAUUUCACCCCCUUCACCACCUGCCUACAACUCAACUCCUGGCCCCACAACUAAGAGCUAUGGCACCACUCGAUCAGGCUUCACCCAGAACUCGCCCAAUGCAGUGACCACCAUCAGCAAAACCACCGAUGUCAGUACAUUGAGACGUGGAUAUUUCCGCCAGAGUUCUGAGCAGUUUGAGAGCAUACGGAGUCGAGGGCGUACCCCAGUGCCCGAGAACCCAUACUCUGAGAUCGGUAAUAAGACGCUUUACGUGCCAGCAAAACCUGCCAGAAAGAAGGGAAUGCUAGUUAAGCAGUCUAACGUUGAGGACAGUCCAGAGAAAUCAUGCAACGUGCCAUCAAGUCCCUCAGGUCCUGUUUCCAUGCCCACUACACCUGUGGAAAGAACGUGCUCUUCUAUCCCCAUCCCCACCAUCAUUGUUAAGGAGCCCUCCACGAGCAGCAGUGGCAAGAGCAGCCAGGGUAGCAGUAUGGAGAUCGAGCCCACUACCCCUGAACACCCACCUCUCACACCCACUGCGGGUGGAGGCUUGCGGCCCGAGGACCCACUCUCGCUUGGCAAUCCGUUUGCUGCAGCCAUUGCCGGGGCAGUUCGGGAUCGUGAGAAAAGGCUAGAAGCAAAGAAAAACUCCAUUGCCUUCCAGUCAAUUGACAUAGGAGAUGAUGAAAUGAGUGGUCCCGCACCAACUCCUCGCCUUCGUCAGUCAAAGUCCAUAGAUGAGGGCAUGUUCAGCAGUGAUGAGCGUCUUCGAAGGAUUUUGGCUCCCCUGUCUUCGAAACAGCUCGGACUCCCAGUAGGUGGUGGGAGUGGGAACAUGACAGACUUUAACACGCCUGAGCCCACUGUUGUACGGGAGCCUCUCAACACAAGAACAGGCCAGUGUCCCAAUCUAGACAGCCCCGUCAGUCUCCCCGCCACUCCUCCUAAGAGCCACUACAAAGCCAAUGGGACCUACCUCCAUCCUGUCACUGGCAAACCUUUGGACCCCAACUCGCCGCUGGCUCUGGCGUUGGCAGCUCGCGACCGGGCCAUGAAGGAGCAACAGAACCAUUCUCAGAAUCAGACAACAAAUCCACCUCAGGUUCAGCAAACACCCAAGCAUGAAGCCCAGUCCCUGCCUCUCCAGCAGAGUCAUAAACCAGACCUCAACCAGCCACUGUUUAUUGACACCAAACUGCGCUCUGGGAUAGAGACAAGUUUCGCUGCAAUCUCUACAGCAACCAUGGGGCGGCCAGGCCGGGGCGGGCUUCGGAGGCAAAUGACAGAGCAGAAGUACGAAUCCGACGGCGCGCGAGAGGAGCGGCUGCAUCGUCCUGUUGAGGAGAGGAAAAGUGCACCGGUUGACAUGACUGAUACAUCACAACCCAAAUCCGCUGGACUGCUAAUGGUUCACACAAGCACAGAAGCCACGAGCAGCAAGUCAAUCCCGCAGGAGAAAGAAGUUCAGGAUAGCAACCGUCCAUCUGAGCUGAAGGACCUCAACCAUCCCAACCCGCACAACCUUCCAGCCCUGCCUUCCAGUGCCCAGUCUGGUGCAUCACGGAGGAGGAGCGUUCCCUUAGGGGAAUCCUUGGAGGAGCCAGUAAAACUGCCUUUCCGCAUCCCACCCCCACCUUUGGCCUCAGUUGACAUUGAUGAAGAAUUUGAAUUCUCAGAGCCCCUCCCACCACCACUGGAGUUUGCAAACAGUAUUGACAUUCCCGAUGACCAGGCUAGUGCUUUUGCAGAGAUGCUUCAGCAACAGAGACGUAACGGAGGACCACUCCUACCCCCUUACCACCCACAUGCCCCACCACCUGUCAUGGACCAACACAAGCGGAUGGCAAACAGUAUGCCUCCAUCAUAUCCUCCAGCUCCACAUGACCCAGAGUCGGGGGUGGUGGACUCAGGCAUCGAGGAGGUAGACAGUCGGAGCAGUGGUGAUCCUCAGCACACGGAGACUACCAGCACGGUUUCCAGCAUCUCUACCCUAUCUUCGGAAGGAGGCUUCUGUGACAGCGCAUUGGAGAGCCUCUAUGCCACUGCAGACGGUCAUGCCUUCCUGGUGGAUAGACCCCCUGUCCCUCCCAAGCCCAAGGGCAAGUCCGUCAUCAACAGAACAUCACUUUAUCAUGACACUCUUAUUGAAGAGCCACCCGAGUCCUAUGGGUCGCCAACUCAGGCCCCUCCUCCUGCUUCGUCCUCUGAUUCCCCAAGGACCCCUUCCCAAAGAACGUCCAAGCUGUGGGGCGAUCAGCCCCCUGAGUUACGAAGUCCCCCCUCAACACCAGACACCAAAAACACAGUGAUCACUGAGCUGAGCUCCAUCCUGCAGCACAUGAACAAGCCAGCCAAGCCAGGAGAGAACUUGGACUCUCCCACAGGAACCAGAGGGGGCUUUGGAACCAGGCCUCCAACAGACGACUCAGGAAUGCGUAACAACGCCGCCGGCCUCACCUCCACGCCGCCCAGCAGCCUCCCGUCGCAGACCCACCUCUGCAGCCCGCCAGACUCCACCUCUUCCCUCACGCCCUGCUCCUCACUGCCUCCCUCGGUGUCCCCCACCCUGACAGACGUGUUUGGCCUCCCCACCCCGCCUAUGGGCAGCGGCGGGGGCUACAGCCUCAGCUCCUCGUGUGGCGGCAGUGGGAGCUCGCGCUCCCCGUCGCCGCUCACGCUCAUGCAGGCGGUGGCGGCGUCUGGAAAGCCCUUCGCGUCCAAACCUGUGGAGCUGUGGAGCAAGCACGACGUGGCGGACUGGCUGGAGAGCCUCAACCUGGGGGAGCACAAGGACGCCUUCCUGGACAAUGAGAUCGAGGGGGCCCACCUGCCCUCCCUGCAGAAAGAGGACCUGAUAGACCUGGGCGUGACCAGGGUGGGCCACCGCAUGAACAUCGAGAGGGCCCUCAAGCUGCUGCAGGACAGAUAAGCCCCCCAAAGGGGAAGGCUGCACGGGAGGGUCCUGCCCCCGGACGGACCCAUCUGAAGCUGUGGAUGCUGUGAUGGAGGGGGGGGGUCCGAGUGGACGAUGCCCACUGCUGUUUUUGCCCUAUCGUCCUCCUUCGUCGCCCUCAUGGCACCGCUCCGGCUUUCCUCCUCUUCCUCCUUCCUGAGCGUCCUGGGGUCAGGGAGGUCUGGAGGAAUUCUGGGGGGGGGGGGCUGAGGGAAUCGCUGCUAUGCCACAUCAGGGGAGGAGGCGCAGGAGACGGUGGAGGUUCAAAAACACGCUCGUCUUGAGUUUGGCUUCACGGACGGACUCGGCUCUCCUUCCUGCAGACUUUUUCCAGAGGCGGCGCACCAACAACCAGCUGAGCUGGUCGCUCCCUUUUUCUAUCUUUGCUAGAGUUUGUUCAGAGAAUAUUUCUUCACUAGAGUCCUGCCGGAGUUAUAUUUCUGACUGCAUCAAAGGUUGUAGAGGAAACUUUUAGAUAGACUCCACUGUUUUCUGCCGUUUUCACCCGUUUGUGUCAAAACAAGAGCAUCAGCCGGCGUAUUGUAACUCAUGCCAAACCACAACCUCACCUGAGUUUAUGCACAGUGCCACACAGCCGCACAUCACACAAACACGCUUGGUCUCCGUGGGGGGGGGUCUAUGGCUGCCAUAGCCACACGGCGUCCUCACGGAGAGGCGGGACGGCCGAGGCGACGACACAAACCUGGAGACGGAAGCUUCAGGCUGGAACUUCCUGAAACUUUUGUCCAGCUGCAGAAAUGCUCCACCUCUGGCUUCUCCUUCAUUUUCUCUCUGCCCUUGAGCGCAUGUGUGUGUGCGUGCAUGUGUGUGUGUGAGCACUGAGACCCGUUCCAUCCCCACGACUCUGCGUUUGAGGCCACAGAACAGAGGAGCUGCGGCUGCGGCUGCGGCUGCGCUUCAGUCCUCCCUGAAUCUGGACCUUCAGCAGGUCAGCACUCACAAACGCCACCCGGGCUCCUCCGUGGUGCCGGGGGGGUCAGACAGGUUUAGCGGCAGAGGGUCGGCAGGGUUUAUUCUGAGGAGACUUUUUGGGAAAUAUGCUGGUUUCCUUUCCUGACGGUUGUUGCUAGAAAGCAACCGAACAGAAGAGCAGAAAUUCUAAAAGGAACUGCGUUUCGGUUCUGCAGACGUAAAGUCCACCAUGACCGGAUUUCUCAGCGGUUGAGGAGCAGCGAGCAGCUCCCCGUCAGGUGCGUUCACAUCACCUCUGAAAUAUCUUUCACAUCCAAAUCUGACCCAAUUCUCCACCAAAUGAGGGACUUUCUGAAAGUGCAGCUCAUGGCUUCAUCUGCCGCAAACAAAAGGUUAAAAGAAAACCUCGAGCAGGUGUGUGCACGUGACGUCAUCACAACACAGCAUGCACAUGACGUCACCGUGUUGUCUGAGUGAGCCAGAGGAGUUGUAGUCAACAGUUUGUAAAAAAAAAAUUGGAUGCAGCAGCUUAGCAGCAGCAUUUCACCACUUUCAGAAGUUUUUGUUUUCUUCAUUCAAAGUAAGAAAAGUCGCAUCUGUGGAGUCAAACUGUCAACAUUUCUGUCAAAUCCUGGACAGAAGGGACAGUUUGUCCGCCCCCCCUCAUCCGUCCGGCAUCUGCUGGGUUUCUGAGCUGUGGAGCAAUUUGUGCCAAAACAUUUAGUAAUAACAAUAAUGUUAAUAUUAGAGCAUUAAACUUCAGAACACGCUUUUCUGGAAGGCGGGUUAAUGUCGGGAAGAACUUCCUGUGAAGCUCCACACAUCUUUAGUCUGUGCCAACACAAACCUGUUUACUGCAGAGACAGCUGGUGCUGUUUGGUUCUGGUUCUGGUGCUCAGCUGGUUCCUCUGAAGAACCUGCCUGUUCUCCACAGACGUAAAGAGAAUUCAGCACCAAGCCGCUCUGAUCCGUCCUGACUGCAUCCUGGCCGUCCUGUCUGUCAUUUGAGCUCCACAAAUGUCUUUGACCACGCCCUCUUUGGCCUGGACGGCUCCGCCUCCAGCCGCUUCAGCACCAGAGCUGAGAGCCAGACAGCCUUUAGGCUGUAAGGAACUGAACAAAGCUCGGUUCUGAGUUAACCGGGUCUGUCAGGACGGCCUAUGAGAGGAGCUCAUAGAGUCCUCCAAGGUCAAAGUUCAUCCAUGGACAGUCACUGCUGUCAUGCAGAGAAAAACAGCUUAUUGUCUGCCCCAUCUGGUCGGGGGCAGGAGGACAGACCAGCCCCCCCAGAAGUGCUGGUCUGCUCACCGGAUCUCCAAGACCAGAACUGGACAGAAGGGUUUUGCAGUUUGCAGGCAGCUGCUGCGUGGAUGACCUGGAGAGGCUCUGUUGACGGGCCGCCUUUGACAUUUUGAUCCACAAAUGAUAUCAGGACGAGCUGACUGUCCACGCCAGAUAGACAGUGGUUCUGAGUCAGCCCCUGGCCCCAAACCAGCACCGGAACCAGCUCAGUGAGACUCAGAGCUCAAAGCCUCAGACCGCAGGACGGACAGCUGCUGCUGUCAAUCAUCAACCAGAACCCGGCAGUCCAGCCGCUUUGCCACGUUCAGCCUGGUGGCGUCUGAGUUCCCCUGAAGGCCGUGUCUCACAGCCACUACCUCCAUUAUGAAAUGUAAAGCUGGUCAUACGUGAACAAGAAGAGAAAAGCUGUGAUUUUCACAGAUGUAUCACGAAUGAACCACGUUAAAACCCCGGAAGAAGAAGGAAUAAAGCAAGAAGAAGACAGAAAUCAGCGUAAAAGCCAAAUCCGGCUCAAAAUUCCUGCAUCAGUUCCGUCAUUCCGACGUGACGCCGCAUACACGAUUUAAAAGGUUUACAUCGAUGGUUCAUGCGUGAAAAGUCCGUUAGACGUGGAACGGUCCAGCGUUUCGUCUCACAGAAAUCACACAAUUGUGCAAGAUUUUCAAAA